AUGAAUAAAAAACAAAUUGUUCUAAUAGGAUUUACUGGAAGUGGAAAAACAACAUUUUUUAAUUUAAUAUGUAAAACUUAAUAACUAGUGUAAUCAGGAGGUAAUUCAGUAACAAGGUAUAUAAAUGAUUUUUUUUAAAAUAGAUAAACCUUUUUAAAAGCUUCAUCCUAUGGUAGUGGAUUUCGAGUAUUGGACACACCUGGAUUUGGAUCGAAAUAAGAGAAAAUAAUUCAUGCUGUUGGUGUAUUGAAUGCUCUUUCUGAAGGACCAGUUCAUUAAAUAUUUUUAAUAGUAAAAUGGGAAAGAUUAGAUAUGAUGCAAGAUUUUAUAAAAAAUAUGGUUACUAAAUUUAUGAGAUAUAGAUAUCUUUUAACUGUUACUGUGACUCAUUGGGAUACUGUUGAUAAAUCGACUGUUUCAUAAAAUAAAUAAUAAGUUAUAGAUUUGAGUAAAAGCUAUGGGAUAAAUUCUGUAAUAUUUGUCUCAAAAUAUGAUCCUGGAGAAAAAAUAUGUUAAUAAAUAGAUUCAAUCUUAAAUAAAUGUGAAGCUGAACAAGUUGAAUUAACUGAAACAGAAUUUUAUUCUAACUUCGAUUUACUUGAAUUGCAAGGAGAAUUAGAAUUAAGUUUAGAAUGUACAAAGGGUGAAGUAAUAGCAAAAUUUAGGAGAAUAGCAACUGUUAUAAAAAAGUUUAUUGAAGAUUUUGAUGGAAAUAAUUCAUCUAUUCAUGAAAUAAUGCAUUAUCUUACUUUAGAGACAAAAGCCGUAGCGGAAAAUUUAAUUUCAGAUUUUGAAAUUAAAAAUAAUGCAAAAUUUUCUCAACUUUAUACAUAACAUAAAAACCCAGGUUUAGCUUAUUUGAUUCAUUUUGAACUAAAAAAGGAAUUAGUAAUGGAAAUUGAAGAAAUAAUUAAGCUUACUCAAUUAAAAAUGAAAGAUGAUAAAGCUCAUUUCUUCAACUUUAUUAAGGCCUGCCCACAUUGUGGAUUAAUUUGGUUAAAAGUAUCUGGAUGUGAAGGAGAAACAACUUGUGGUGCAUUCCCUAUUAAAGAUGAAUAUUUUCAUGAUUAUAAAAUGCCUUAAAAAUAUGAAUUUAAGAUAACAGAAAAUGGAAUCAAUUACAAAGUCAACUAAGUACCUUAAAAACAAGAAAAUAAAAUUUAAUUAAAAAGUUCUUUCCUUCGCUUUUUCAUGAAAAAAUAAGAUUGGGAUGAUGAAUAUAAAGAACCUCCUAAAGAAAACUUAAAAGGUUGUGGUAGAAAAAUAGUUUGGGAUCAAAUUCCAGAUUUAUCAUAUUAAUAAUUGAAAAUACUAAUUGAUCCAGGAGUAUUGGAUUAUUUUGCUAAAGAAGUUCCAAAAGAAGAACUAAAAGAUAAACUAAUAAAAGCAUAAUUAUCUAUUAAAUAAUAGGUAGAAUAAGCAAAAAUUGAUUUAAAAGUUAUUAAAUUAGUUAACUGA